CAACCAUCAUCAUCAUCAUUCAAACAACCAACAUUCAAACGCGACGCGAAGAAAAGGGGGAACAAAUCCUAACUCUCAAUUUUGCCGUAAUGGCUACAACAGCUUCGGUCUAUAAUGCCAGUCGAACGACAAGACAAGUUUUAAAACGUCAUCGAAAAGAUGGACCAAGUUUAAUCCUGCAUUUAUACGUAAACACUUUUCGAUUUGAAAGACAAAAUGGUGCAUUCUUAUGCGAAAGUCCAUUGAAAAAUUUGCUAUACUUUAUUCGUGAUCAACGUGUUCCUGUGGAUUUAAUCGAUAUCUUUGAUGAAGCUAGGAUACCGUUCUUCGAAGGUUGCUUGAUCGUCGAAAUACACGAUCAUCGACCUCCUUCGGAUAGCAAUAAAUCCACUCUACCGCCUUCACAUCUAGCUCGUUUAGCAACUUCAGAGAACGAAAAUGGUACGCCUUCUUCACGAGCAUCGCCUUCAGCCAAUCCAGAAGGAAGCAGUAGCAGGAUAGAUGCAUCCAUACCUAUUUCCGAAUUCACCACGCGUUCACUUGGCGGGAAUUAUGGCUUUUUCAGAAGGGAUGGAACUUCACGACAAGGUAGGGAUGAGAAUGGUGCAAAUGGGGCAUUCAGUCCAAAUGUGUAUCGAAUCGUUCUUUAUCCCACUGCCGAGACACUAUGGAGUGACCUUCGUUAUUUGGACGAAACUGAAGGACAGGGGAUGUGGUCGGAUGAUGAUGUUUUGCAGAUCGAGAGUAGAAUCUUGACUCUCACUUCUCCUCCAUUAUGCCUCACGCCCGAUCCUCAAGCUAGUAGGAUUGCCAAUUUGAUGAUGAGCGCAACUGCCCUGCCUGCUUCUUACUCGCCAUUGUCGACCGCACCUCUACCUUAUCAUCGGCAGGCAACCAAAAAGCGUGGGAUCAACAGUAUCGAAUUGGAGCUGGACAAAUCGAGAAAGCGAAGAAGGGAGAAAGUACUUCGUCUUAUGGAACAAGGAAGUUUGUUGCGUGCCAAAGAUGGGAUUAUGGGCGGCGCACCAAGUCAUACUGCCAACUUUGGUCGGAUUGGCUUUAUUGAGCGUUGGAGGGCGAAUAAGAACUUGGAACAGAGCAAAGCGGCUCGUGUCAUCGAGAACAAGGACGGUAAAGAUGACGCUUCUGCACGUAGUGGAAGUAUAAGCAAGAAGAAAAAGAAGAAGAGCAAGACGGAAGAAGAGCCCGAGCCUGAGAAUUCGCCUACACCACCACCUCAACCAAAGAAGAAGAUGAGUAAGAAGAAAGCACAAAAGGAGAAAGAAGAACGUGAAAGAUUGGAGAAAGAGAGAGAAGAACGUGAAAAGGCGGAAAGAGAAGCAGCAGCAGCAAAAGCAAAAGAAGAAGAGAAGGGUAAGAAGCCAAAGAAGAUGAGCAAGAAGAAAGAGAAGGAACUGGCAGCGAAAAAGGCAGAAGAAGAGGCCGCAGCGGCGGCGGCAGCGGCAGCUGCAGCAGCUGAAGCAGCCAAGAAGAAACGACCUGCUAAAGGUAAAAAGGCAAAAGCAUCCGAAGCAGACGUGGCUGGGGAUGCAUCAAGUGUCAAAGCUGCCAAUGCAAACACUCCGAAACAAACGACGCCCAAGCAAGCGAAUAAGAGCACCCCGAAGAAGUCAGUUCAGCCAUCACCGAAGCAGACAGCGCAAAAGAAGCCAGCAUCUCAACAGAAACAAACGCCGCAAAUGCAACCACAAAUGCCACAACAGAAUCAGAUGGGUAAUCAAGGAAUGCAGCAGCAGGGUAUGCCACAACAGCAGCAGCAGCAACAGCCGACGAUGCAACAGAUGCAACAAGCUCAACAGUUGCAGCAGCAAUUCCAACAACAGAUCUUGCAAUCACUCACGCCUCAACAGCAACAGCAAGCCAUGGCUAUGCUCAGUCAACAAAACAUGGGCAAUGCGUUUGGAAUGCAACAAAAUAAUGGAAAUAAUGCAUUUGCCAAUCAGUUCAAUAACUUGAUGCAAGGUCAAAAUAACAAUUUCCAGCAGCUUCAGCAGCAACAGCAACAACAACAGCAGCAGCAACAGCAACAGCUUCAACAACAGAUGAUCAUCCAACGGGCUUUGCAACAGGCAGGCCUUCAACCUCAGAUGAACGCUGGAAACAACUUUGGUGGGAUGAAUUUGCAACACUUGCAGGCUUUCCUUGCUAUGCAGCAACAGCAACAACAGGGCAACAAUGCAGGCCAACAGCAACAACAACAGCAAUCUACCCAAACAUCCAAUCAACAAACAGGAACGGACGGAUUGCAACAAUUCAAUAAUCAAGAAUUACCUGUUGGCAUUGGCCUGAACAAUUUACCACAAAACUGGGGAGGAAUGAACUGAAAGGAGAGACACACAGUCGUGUAUGAAAAUUGUACUUUUAGGUUACCUUUACAAUGUACAGAAUCUAUUAUCCUACAUGAUGUUUGAGGAAGGCAUCCUUUGGAUAUUAUAUAAGCGUGUAUGAUACCGC